ACUGAACUGGCCCCCUGUGAUAAUGGUUAAUGUCGGAGAUUAUCAUAGAAACAAGGAAUGAGGAAGUUCUUCAAUUGCGAAAUUUCAAGGUAAUAGGCGGUAUAAAAACUUGUCACUCAGAGGCAAAGUCACAUAGCAAGCUUUGGAUGUGGUGGCAGGUCACAGGAAGCUGCUGCCUGACAGGAUUCUCCAUUGAAAUAUUUGUACUGUUACUGGAAGAAUAAAGAACACUGUCAUGGAGGAGUUUCCUGCAGUUUUCUACAGUGAGCCGGCCGUGCUGGGACUCCUUGCGAAUGCUGUCAGUGCAUUUCUUGUAUGUAUGCAAAAUUUCUCCCUGUUUAACACCUCUAUUAGUGCUGGAGGAGUGGAAAACAUUCUUGCAGGUGUUCACCUGAUUCUGAUUGGAGGCUUAAGUCAAGUUAUUGCUGGAUUCUUGUCUUUUCGAAAGUAUGAUCAUCUCAGUGGAACUGCUUUCCUUGCUUUCUCUGCCUUGUGGAGCAGCUAUGGUGCCACAAGAAUCAUUGUUGGCUCAGAAUUAAAUCUCCAAAACAGUUCAUCUGUAGAUAAUCUCACUCAGAUUCCAGUCAAUGAAGGUGCAGUGGCGGGACUCGUAGCCUAUAUUUUAAUUGCAUUCAUCCUGUCAUUCUGCUCAGCGACAGUCAACUAUAUCAUGCCUUUUGUGUUUGGCGCUUUAACCCUAACAUUAAUAUUUGAAGCAAUAGGGCUAUUUGGUCACUGGGCCCUUGUAGUAUCUGGAGUUUUGGAGUUGAUAAUAGUGUUGUGUGGACUUUAUGGAGCAGGAGCCUUGCUUCUGAAAGGCAUCACUCAGAGAUAUGUACUUCCAGGAUUUGGAAAUUCUCUUUUCAAUGUUCUACUUCUUGGUUCUGCCAAUCGUAACUCUUCUAAAACUGCUGGAGAAGAAAAGAAGAAAAAUACCAAAUAUGCUGAGCCCAUGGCGCUAGGAUACCUGUGUGACACCAUCUCACCAUUUAUCAUGGCUUUCUACUGCUUUGGAUAUAUUAAAAACUUCUAUGUAGGUUGUAUCUGGGUCAGCAUCAAUGUACUUUCCCAAAUAUGUUCCAGUUAUUACAGUUAUUUACGAGAUGAUGUUUACCAUGCUACUAAAUUUGCUUUCCAUGGGACUUUUUGGUUGGUUAAGUCCUGGGAAGAGUUUACAAUUUCAGUAGUUCUCACAUCUGAGAAUAUUACGAAGAGCAGAGAGUUGAUGGUUGGCGACUGGUUCUUUGUGACUGUUUCAUGCCUGUUUUGCUUUUUGUCAACUAAUAAUGACUUACUAGAAUUAAUACAUAAUACAGCAUUUGCUGUCAUGACUGUAUCUACAAUCCAGCAGAUCCCAAGCACAGCUGGAUACAUAUUUUUUGGAGUGACUUGCAGCAUAUUUACUGCAAUUUCUCUUUAUAGUACAUUUGCCAGUCUUGUUAACUCCAUUGCAGAGAAAGUAUUAAUACCUGUUGGGAACACAAUAAUAUCCAAGGACAAGUUUCAAAAUGUCCUUAUGUUGGGUAGAAAAUACCUUAAGAGGCAAGAAGAAGAAUUGGACAUCAAGGAAAAUCUCAGUUCUCGUCCUUCAGACCCUCUAUUUUAUAUUUGUAAUGGACUGGCAGCCCUUGCUGCCAUUCAGGGCUCACUAGACAAUACCAUCCAGGGCCAUUUAUCCAUUCCUUGGGUGCUUAUACCUGGUACUAUUAUGCAGCUAUAUGUCUGCAGAAUUCAUGUUCAAACAGGACGAAGAUUUGUCUCCCUUCUACCAUUUUGCUUCUCUGCUGUCUGGGCUACCUGGGUGUGGCUACGUUUUGCAGGUUCUUUACUAGGAAUCCCUGCAAAUAAUGAUGGAGGAUUCACAGCUGGUGCAAUUGCUUUUAUGGUAAUCAACCUAUUUCUGAUAGCUUUUGCUACUCAUUGUAAUGCUGUUCUUCUCCUUGUCACUGUUGCGAUGGAGGUGGUGAUUGUCAGCUUCCUUCUCUUCACACUGGAAAGGCUCCCUCUGCAGUUUGAAAUAACCGUGCUAUCCAUCUUUAGCAUCAUUUGCCUCUAUGGCUUUUUGGCUUCUAUGAUAAACUGCUUGUUCAACAAAGAACUGAUCCCACUGGGCCCUGCAAUGUUCAAGAAACAAGAACCAAAAAACGUGGAUGAAGUUCCUAGUUCAUGCAUCCUGCCUCAGUCUCGUCGCACAAGUGGUCUGAGAACUGUAGCCAAGGUAUUGGAGAGUGGAGGUGUAUGUGGCAUCCCAACAGAUACAGUUUAUGCUUUGGCUGCUUCAUGCAAACAUCCAGAUGCCAUUAAGAGGAUUUAUACUAUAAAGGAACGACCUUCAGAAAAACCCAUUUGUAUAUGCAUUUCUAACCUGGAGCAGUUGAGGGUAAUACAUCCUCCGUUCAGUCCGCUAUUGUGGAAAUUCAUGGACUUAGUUUAUCCUGGAGGGAUAAGCUGCAUUGUAAAGAAAGGUGAAUGGCUAAAACGACUGGGUGUGGGCCCUGCUUAUGAAUAUGUUGGCACCACUGACUCCAUAAUGAUCAGGGUUCCAGAUCAUUCAGUCACAGCCCAUCUUGUUGACAUGACAGGACCUUUAGCCAUAACAUCUGCCAACCCCAGUGGAGAAAGUGACAGCACUCACCAUGAUCAUGUAAUAAGCCGUCUGAGCCAGAAAUUGGAUGCUGUUUUGUGUGAUGGUUAUUCCAACGAGAUUGUGGGAUCAACUGUUGUAAUCUGCACCAAAAUAGAUGAAGGAUCUAUUACAAUAUUACGAGAAGGCUGUGUGCCUGCUACCAAAAUUAUGCAGCUAUUUGAAAGGGCUAAGAACAUGGAGCAAGACGUAUUAUAAGGACAACCAGACAUGACAAAUCUCCCAGUAGUCUGUCUUAAUAGUAGUCUUUGAGGUGGGAAUAUAGAAUGUGAAUGUACAUUGUAUGCUUACUCUAUUUAUUUAUUGCUCUGUGCACUAUAUUAUUGGAUAAGAGAAUAUUUCAGGGAUGAAGUAAAUAAAAAUUGAAUGCCAAACUAAA